AUGGCGGGGCGCAAGCCAAUUCUUCUGGUUGUGAUGUUGUUGUGGGGGACAAGAUCAUGUGGGUCCUUCUCGCAGUCAGACCUUCCUCAGCUUGUCGGCCCCAACACCCACAAGAUGCUACAGAAGAUGGUCCAACUCGCUCCUCCAUGGCCGGGACCUGAGGGCCCUCGUGCACUUGAGCAAGAGGACGACUCUGAGUACGAUCCCGGCAAGCCAGCGGAGAGCAUCGAGGCCCUUGAGCUGAGAGAGGCAUCAAAAAAGAAGCUGCUGGAGACAAUCAUCCUAAUGACAAGGCUCCCAGAGGUGGUCACUCUGCUUCUUCCUUGCUUCAUCGUUCGCCUGAUGAAAUUGCAGGACAAUCCAGCGGUUCGAUCCCUGCAAGAAUCUCUCAAUGAAAGCAAGCACUUACUGCAAGAACUUGUUUAUGAUGAAGACUUGUGGUGGGAAUCGAUGGUUCACAAAUUUGCGCGAGACGGUAGAAAGGAGGGCAGCGCACUCAACGAUAUGGACGAGAUCAGAAUUUUGUCUUACAAUGGCGCGAUCUUCCCCAAGUUCUACUGGUCUCAAGAUGUUUUUCAGUGUGAUCUUUACGUUAAAGUUUCCAAUGAUACACGAGCAAGGGACGUUAGAGUGAAGCUGCAGAAGAAAAAUCUGCAUGUUCAAAUCAAGGGCGAGACUCUGAUAGAUGAAGAGCUUGCUUUUCAUGUUCGAGACAGAGAUGAGGAUACAGAAGGUUGUUGGGAGCUCCGCACGUUCCGACACCUCAAGCUCUUACAGAUCCAUUUGUUGAAGAGCACGGAAGGGAUAAUCUUCAACUGCUCGAGCGAUCCGAUCUUGUGGGAUCGAGUCUUCUUGGCAGACAAGAGCAUCGAGACCGCGGCGAUAGACCAGAACGUGCUUGCUCUCUCCGACCUGCGCAGCAAGAAGAGACUGUGUGGCGAUGCUCCAUCGGUCCCGCAUGAGGAUUGCUGCUCUUUGUCCUCCCUCCGCUUGCAAAUUCAGCCUUCAGACUUGCUAAAGAUUCACAGCAUUGACCUUCUUUUUUCCUACGUCUGCUCUGUCCGACUCUUUCGCGGCCGAACGCUUGCCUUUGCGGACUCCUCCUCUUCUUGGCUGGUGGCACUGAGUGCGGUUCUUACCGCACGUGACAGCGAAGGAUGCUCAGCCAUUAACUCAACAGAUUAUGUGCUGGCAAAGAGCAGGAGUGCUCUUAUGAGCAAGUUGCAUUUCUUAGAUCAAGAGGACCGCGAAGGAUUGUACUUGCAGGCCAUUGGGGAUGUGGAGACGAUUGCAGUGAGCAAGACGCUCACGUUGUCGGCUUUCAAUGAGAUGAAGAAAAUCUUUGAAACGAGCUUGCAAAGACUAGCGCCAGAAGAGCAUGAGACCAAGCAAACAAAAGGCAAAGUGGACGCUUUCGCGCUUCGAGCAAACGCUUCAAUCUUCAUACCACGAGAUCAUUUGCUCGCCGCUAUGCACAAGAUGAGAUUCUUCACCGCAUGGCGAGGCGAUCAGAAUGGGAGCCUCCUCAUCCACCAGAGGAUUUUGGGAGCAUCCAAGGAGAAAAGAAUUUGGGUUUUGCUAGGGCUGAAAGAAUUGAGAGAUUUUAAUUUUUCAUCUUCGCGGGAAGUGGAUUUCUCUUCUAGCUCGAAUGCUGAGGAAACGUUCGAUCCUGUCAGCUUCUUGAAGAGCAGGAAGGAAAUGAUGGACGCUCUCUCUGAGUCCGACGACCUUGCACCGGCUGACAUGCAGGGCGAAGGAGCAGAGAGAAGUGCUGGGGAAGGAGGGAGGGGAGAAGGGGAGGAAGGAGGGGGAAAGAUCGACGAGCGGUUUGUUGAUGGAAAGGACCAUUAUCGCAUCGACGAGGAGGUCACCGAGCUCAUCAAGAAGGGCAAGUACAACCCCGAGGACCUUCAAACUGCUCCUGCUUUCCGCGAGCCUCGCGUGCCGGUCCCGCGCAAGAUGACGAUGGAAGAGCUCAUUGAGCACUACAACAAGCAGCAGCCAGAAGAGGAGGAGGAGUCGGUCGAUCAGUGGACCAACGAUGUGACGGAUGCUAAGGCGAAACCUGCUCCCGCUAGGAAACCGAAAAAACCGAUUAAGUUCAUCGGCCCUGAUGGAAACCUUUACCUCAUGCGAGAGAAACCCCAGGGACAAGUGCAGGAAAUGCCGUCAUCUGUCGAGGAAGACGAAGAAGAGAUUGAUGUUGAAGAUGGUUGGUAA